AUGAAGAGUGAGAGGGUGUACCCAGUAAGACCCAUCGGAACCCGUAAAGAGUUCUUGGCCCCACAUCCUUCUCCUUUCCUCCCCACCCCCAAGAAACUUUCAAGCAUAGUUGAACAGCCCACGAAAAGCUGCGUGGAGACUUUAUAUAGGAUAUGCAUUCUGCGUUAUACUGUCUCAUCACUUGUAAAUAACCUCCUUCACACUCGAGCCAUCAAAAGAUACCGAUGGUUCUUAUCGUCCACAACCUUUGCUCUGAAUAUGUUAGUAACAGCUAAGGAGGUCUACAACUCAUAUGGACGCCUUGUGUCUUCUUCGGAUAACACAGCAUGGUUCAGAGUAGCUGCUGAGAAUGGGGUUCUGUGCUCAUCUACUCGUAUGAACACAUAUUUUACAUUCUGCAGUUCGUUGGAGACAUACACUUUCCUGGCCAUGUGGAAGUCUGCUCCUGAAAGUGCUAUCGUCACAUCUUCCAUGAUGACGGUCCAACUGCAGUCUUUCCCGUUGAAUGCCACAUUCCUAUUCUGCUUCCUGUACAUCUUGAGUGGUGCUCCACUGGUGAUGGAUAUGUGGCAGUUGGUGGUUGGGAAGAGGUUGAGUUAUUCAUGUGGGCUGGCUGGCACAAAUGAUUUGCAUGCCCCGGUGUCGACAAGGAAUUCUGUGUUUGACCUUUCAUAUCUGACAAAGAAACACAUGAGGCCUUUGCGUUCAUAUCUGGAAGAAAGACAGAGCAAUAUCAUACCCUCGAAUUUGAAAGACUAUGAGAACUUUGAAAGUGAGAGACAAAAUGGUGUUCCAUGGGCGAAGGAAAACAAAGCGAUCUUCUCUGUGGGCAAAAUGGAAAGAAAUGACACUGCUACACGAUUGCUGUCAGAACCAGGUCGAGGUUUUGUCGAGUUCAGCCAAUCUCGAUACUGCACAGUGGUGAGUGAAGCCACGCCCAUUUCUGGUGACGUCAUCACAGUAUCAGCUAUUCACAGCAAAAAUGGGCCAAUCGUGCGUUAUAGCAUCACGGACGGAAACCGGGAAGGCAUCUUCAAAAUUGACGAAACUGCUGGAGUCAUCUCUUUAUCUGCCCCUUUGGACUUCGAAAGGAGAGUUCAGCAUGAUUUGGUGGUCUCAGCGGAAACAGCCGAUGGAGUGUCCGGAAGUGCCCAUGUGCAGGUCAUGGUAGAGGACGUGAAUGAUUCCCCACCUGUUUUCCUCAAAGCAAAUCCUGUGGUUACUGUAAUCGAGGAAGACGACCGCCAUCUUCCAGCUAUAAUUGCUAAGGUCACUGCCACUGACCUCGACGCCCUUGACAAAGAUGGACUAAUCUACCGAGUCGAGGGGGAUGGCAUAGAUGGCUAUCCGCCGGAAGAAGUUUUCUUCACCAUCAACACGGGGACAGGAGACCUCAUCCAACUCAAGGCACUAGAUCGAGACCCACCCGAUGGAAGAGGAGUAUGGAAGCUGACGAUAGAGGCAACUGACGGUCAGGCAACAAAGAACCGACGGGAGAACGAAAAAAAGUUCAUAGACGGGAGUGAAACGAGCUAUGAUAUAAACUCGUCGAUCUGGCCGGAAGAGAUACCGACUGGAGGAAACACCAUCUGGAAAGAAGCUUUCGCAAGUAAAAGAAAUCCUCAGGGUUUGCUGAGGGAUGAUGUUGUGAUGAGAAAUGCCAGGGAGAGCUACAUUUCGAAAAGGGGGCAAAACUUAAAUUCUCAUACUAACCCAGAUGGAAAAGGGCUAAACAGGAAACCGGCAGAACAAACGAAAGCUUGGGAACAUAGACAAAAAAGGCACAAUAUAUAUCAUAAACCUGACUCCCAGAAGUUGAUUCAAACUGAUAAAAACCAAGAUACAGAUUCGGUGAUCGAUAAAAAUGAAUUGAAAGAUAAAACCAAUGUGCGUCUCUUCAGAAAGAUAACUUCCUGGAAGGAGAUUGACCCUGGUAUAGAUACGGAAUGUAGGAAUGAGAAAUCAUGUAGCAUUUUGGGAAAAAUCGAUACAGAUCGGCAUCAAAAUAAAAACGCGCAAAAGAAAGAAAGGGAAAGGCAGGACUGGAAACCCCAUGAUAAUGAACGAUAUUCCUGGAUAUAUCGGGAGGAGGAUAACCAGAAUUCCAGGAGUAGUCACGGAAAGAAAUACCGAUAUCGGAACCCCAAAGAUAAAGGUGUCUGGAAUAACCAAAAACGUUUGGAAAACAACGGAAACUUUGAUGGAAAUCUAAAGAGAGAAAACGGAUGGGUCGGAAAAAAUGUAAAAGCACAGGGGACGAACAUCAGAAGACAAACGAAGCAAAGAAAAAAACGAGACAAUUUAAAACAGGAGUCGACGGACUUGGUCAGAACAACGCAAAAGUGGGUCGAACACAAGCGGGUGACACUCACAACAGGGAAAUCUUUACCGGGACAGGAAUUUGGCCUCGGAAAUUACAUACUGAAUGGGAGGGCUCUGCGAGGAGCAUCGGGUCAAGAAUCUCGACGUUUGUUGGAAUCCAGACUCAGACGGCUGAGUACCAGAGAGACUCAAAGAGCUUUCGGGCAAGAUUGGGGGAGGCCAUUAAGACAUUUAUUGGCAAAUUCUUUGCACGAUCUCAUGGAAGAAGCCGAAGAGGCCGAGGAGGUUAAGGCGGAUUAUGAUGUUGGGGACAUUGAUGAAGAUGGGGAGGACGAUGAAGGUAAACAUAAUGAUGAUUUUGAUGUUGAUGAUGAUGAUGACGUUUUUGGUUGGGAAACUAAGGAGGAUGAUAAUGAUCGUGAUAGCAGUAAGGGCAAUACCGAUGAUUAUAAAGAAUAUGUUGAUAGUAGUUAUAAUGAAACUGAUCUUGAAGAUUAUGAUGGUGGGGGUAAUGCCACUGUUGAUAAUUAUGGUGAUUAUGAUCUCGGAGAUUAUGUUGUUGGUAGAAAUGGUGGUGCUGAAGAAUAUUACGAUGAUGGUAUCAUAAAUGACAAUGAUGAUGACGAUACUAAUAAUUAUGAAGAUCACAGGGAAGAUGGGGAUUAUGAAGGAAAUAAAGACGUUCAUGGUAGCCCAGAUUACAGCCGUGGUCGUAAUGAAGGUACCGAUAUACACACUGGAAAAAUAGCAAAAACGAAUGAUCUUCAGCAAGACGGAAACAAAGGUUCCAGUUUUCCUGUAGUGAAAAGUGGAACAUUACAUGAUGAGGAAGGUUGGAAUGAAGGAGGUCCAUUCGUGAGGAAGAGUGAUAAAAUAACAAAAAGAAUCGAGCCCCAAAAGAGCGAAUACAUAACAAAUAAAGGGAAGAGAAGAGGCGACAACGGCAAUAUAAGAAACCUCCCCAAACCGAAAAAACCUUUCGAGGAAAGAGAACCUCAGGUUAACAAACACAAAAAGCGGGAAAGAGAUCAACACGAAAUCCACCCAAAUCGCAAUAAGAACAUCGGAGCGCAAUGGCAAGUGUGGCAUGAGGACGAAAAAGCAAUAAACAGAAGAGAAUCAAACGAAGGAGAAUCCAAUAACCUUACUCUCACCUGGAAAGGAAAGAAAACGAUGGGAAAAAAACUGAGAUCUAUCGUCGAUGACAGGUCAGAGAGAGGGAGAUUAACUGGCGAUGAAAAUAGAAAGACAAACUUUGUUUAUAACUUUUCCUGGGCUCAGGAUCUCGGCAGAACUCACAGUGUGAGACACAGCGACUUGAAACGAGUGAAUAAGAGAAGGGUCAUUGUGAACAAAACACACAGAGGAAAAGGGGGCGACACGAAAUUCCUGUGGAAAACCAAGGCGUUAGACGACUCUGUCAAGGAUGAUGAUUCCAAAUCGGUACAUGCUGUUGCCAAUAACAGAAAUGGUAGGCAGAUUAGAGUUAAAACAGAGGAAGGUCGUUUCCAUACAAUACAAAGUUUAGUGCAAAAUGUGUUAAUACAGGGAGAAAAUAUGGGAUAUAAAAACCUUGAUGUACACGAAAUUCCAAAGAAAAUUGAGCAAUAUUACAGGUCUCCUAGAAAGGGACAACAAAGAGAAGGGAGCUUUAACAAAAAAGGAAAAAAUAUAAAUGGCUCUUACAGGCUAAGCAGUGGAACACAAAAAGCAAUAAAAUUACGCCACCAUGAUUCAAGUCUACAAUCCACUGCUCUCAAGAAGUCCCACAGCUUUUCCAAAGCUACUGGAACUAAUAUUACUUCCCACCUGUCGUCGACCAAAUCAAGUCAAAAUGAGAAGAAAAAGAAAAAAAUACCAACACACACUCUCCUUUCUCAGGAAACAUCAUUGCAUCUAAAGCUAAAGGGACCGAACACUUCGAAGGGUAGUAAGCAUUAUCCUGAUUUGAAUUCUUCGUUGGCAACGAAUCCAUAUUUUCCAAAAACCUCGAGGGAACACACAGCGGAAGAAGGGACAAGCAACACGGGAAAAGAUGAAGAGAGACCACUAAAAGAAAGGAAUAAGACUAAUUAUUUGGACCUGAGGACAUUGCGCAGACGUGAACUUCGGCAUGAGGAAGGAAAUGGCUGCAGUAAAGCCAAAAUGAAUAGCGAUUACGGCCGAGAAAUUAAAUCGGGACUUUAUCACGGAUAUGACCAAGGCCGAGUUCAUAAAGUGACGACAACUGUAACAAUAAUAGUGAAGGACAUCAACGACAAUGCGCCCAUUUUCCCCGAGAACGUCAUGAUGGGAGAAGUUCGAGAGAAUGGCCAGCUUGGCGUUUCCGUGGCGCGGAUCUCCGCGUGGGAUGCUGACGACAGCACCGAAGGAUUGAACGGCAGGGUCACCUACUCCAUCGAGAAAAAUGUCAUCGACGAAGAAACAGGGAGAGCCAUUUUCAACGUCGACCAAGAGACAGGUGUCAUAAGGACGGCCCUUUGCUGUCUGGACCGGGAAACGACGCCUGAGUAUCAGAUUCAAGUCGUUGCCACUGACGGAGGAGGACUCAAAGGCACGGGGACGGUGGUCAUCCGCAUAGGAGACGAGAACGACAAUUCGCCCGAGUUUCCGAGCGAGCGCUUCGAGCUGGAAGUGGACGAGACUUGGGGCAACGACAACCCCGACCCCGUCACGCCCCUCAUGGAGGUCACCUGCUUCGAUCCGGACGUGGACAAUGACUUCCUGUACAGAAUUAUUCAGGAAAGCGGUUGGGGCUGGGAUUACUUCGACAUGAGGUCAGAAGGCAGAGUGGGUCAGCUUUUUGUCCGAAGACCACUCGAUUACGAAAACCCGUCGCAUCGUCGUGAACUGGCCUUCAAGUUGCAAGUCACUGACAGGGGAGAAGAAGGGUGGACAGAUCCUGCCCAUGUGGACACAGCAUGGGUGAAGGUACAAAUAAAGGACGUGAAUGACAAUGCCCCAGCGUUUGACACCACUCAUGCCCAGAUAUCCAUCAUGGAGAAUGCCCACAAAGGAACUAAAUUAGCCAUUUUCCAUGCCCAUGAUCCUGACAAGGGUGGAAACGGUGUGGUAGAUUACAAGAUAACUGACCUGGAAGACAUCUUGGAGAUCGACGACGAAGGCGUCGUCAGAAUUAAGACCGAUUCCCUGGAUAGGGAGUCACUGAAGGAGGACGCAGCGGUCGUCAGGAUAAUGGGCAUCGAUCGUGGGCAGCCUCCCUUAACAUCGACAGCUACCCUGAGCCUGUCCGUCAUGGAUGUCAACGACAGUCCCCCUUACCUCCUUCCUCCAACUGUUUUCCAUAUACCAGAGGGCGCCCCGCCUACGCGACUCGGCCUCCUGAAGGCAUAUGACGAUGACUCGUGGGCGUUGGGGAACGGUCCGCCUUUCAACAUUUCCUUUGCAUCAUCUAAUCCGGGUUACGUCCGUGAAAUCGUUGACCUGCAAUUCAGUAAUAAACUAGACAGCGGCAGAGGAGCAGCGACGCUGUGGACGAGGAAACCAGUAGACCGAGAAAAGCAUCACCAGUUGGAUGUCCGGGUGAUACUGACGGAUGCCCGAGGGUUGGCGAACGAACAGACCGUCACAGUGGUGGUGGAUGACGUCAACGACAACCCUAUGAAGCCCGGCAAGAAGACCAUCUACCUCUACAAAAUUCAGGGCAGAGGCGGGAGUAUGAACGUGCCCUUGGGCAGAGUCUACGUGGAUGACCCCGACGACUGGGACCUGAAGGACAAGACCUUCAAGUGGGCGACUUCAGCCCAUCCUCUCUUCACCCUGGACCAGCAGGAGGGCACAAUUUAUGUCUCAAGUCAGGUCAGGGAGGGAAGGUAUCUCUUGGAAUUUUCUGUAAGUGACAGAGUUUCGAGACAGAGGGCUGUUUCCGCCAAUGUGACUGUCGUAGUGAAGUCCCUGGAAUAUAGAACGCUUUUGAAUGCCGCCCCCAUCAGCCUCUUUCCUGCUUCACCAGCUAAAAUUACUAAAGACUGGAAUCCUGUGGAGGGUGGAGGUAUCUUAGGUAAGCUCUUAGAAGGAAUCCUAGGCAUAGUUGGGAAAGACGAACACACACCGGAGGUUGUCAGCGUCUAUGGCAACAAUGACAACGACCACAAAGACAGCCGGCACCAGAAAACUGAGGCAUCGAGCUUUGCGUCCCAGAGCGUCCGACAUCAACUCCAUGGACACGCAUCUCUCGCCUCUUCUUCCUCCUCAUCCUUCGAUUCCAGAUACUCUGGGCCGUCGGCGCCUGUCGUCUCCGUUUGGCUCACUGUCAGGAACAGGACAGGAGGGGACUUCAUGAAUCCAGUGAAACUAAAAGGACUCCUUAGUCUUCACAGAAACCAGCUGGAAGAAUCCACUGGACUGAAUGUAACCAUCGAAGGAAUGGAGAACACAUAUCUAGGGCUGAGGAACAAACACCGUCAUCAGAGCCAUCGAACAAACAAAGUCGGAACGAUGAAGCACCGGAAAAAGAUGCCUUCAAAAACUCAAGAUAGUCACUUGUUCAAGGACGCCAGUGAACCAACUAACGAACGGGAAUUGGACAAUGCCCGAAUUAUGGGAAAGGAAGCCGAAGUAUCUGGAAAUAAGGACUUUUACACCACUCGGUACAAAGCUGAUGCCAGCGGAGGACCAAACACUAUGGCCUCAGUGUCUUCUAGCGUUAUCCAUCUCCAGGUCAUAGAUACAAACAACACUUCCUUAGUGACACCUCGCCUCAAGCACUUUUAUGAUUGCAAGAGUCCUUCAAUAUCUCAACCACGUCAGGAGCAGGCUUGCUUGCCAGGUUCAUGUCUUAAUGGUGGCAGAUGUGUCCAGUUCUCAGAUGGAAAAAGAUGCAUCUGUCCUGGAGGGUCGGUGGGCUUCAACUGCAAAGUUCUUUCUCGGUCGUUUAUGGGUUCCGGAUGGUCUUGGCUGCCUUCCAUUCCACCAUGCUUUCCAUCCACAAUGUCAUUGAAAAUUCUUACAAAGCAGAGGGAAGCACUUCUCCUUUACUCAGGACCAAUUGAAAUUAAGGAGGAAAGGUUACCCUUCAUGGCCAUUCAGCUGUCUGGUGGUUACCCUGAACUAGUAACAAACAGCUGGGCUGGAAGAGCAAAGUUACAAGUUGAUACUCAAGUAAAUGAUGGAUCUUGGCAUACAAUCCACAUCAAACUCGAUCAUGGGGGAGUAUCGAUGGUGACUGAUGCAUGUGGCCAGGGCUGGAGUCACCAAAAUAAUGACACUCACUGUGCUGCCAGAGCUUUGUGGACUCACCCAGACCGUCUAGGUUCAUGGGUUGUAUCGAGCCCACUUCAAGUGGGUGGGUUAGCCCAAGAGAGUGAUUACCAUAAUCACGGAUGGGACGAGCGACCAAUCACCCAACCUCUGCAUGGAUGUGUGUCGCACAUUACAAUUAAUGGUGAGCUCUUAGAUCUGGGUGAGCCAGCAUUAAGUCAAGGUAGUAUGCCAGGGUGUCAAAGGCAGGAAGUGACUUGUGUAGAUGAAGCCAGUGAUUGUAGUUUACAAGAAAUGUGCCAAAAUGAGCUUCAGAAACCACUAUGUAUCUGCAACUCAGGUUCCAUGGGUUCAGAAUGCCAGGAGCCUACUGUGCCAGCAACACUAGGUCCAGCUUCUUACUACAAAGUGGCCUUAUCUUUCACACCGUCCCGUUAUAUGCUGACACUACAAAUUAGGAUGAAGGCACAAGGGCAGCCACAAGGAUUACUCAUACAUGUGGCAGAUAGUCAUGUUCAACAUUCCCUUUCAGUACAGCUUCAUGCAGGAAAAGCCUGCCUUGAGGAAUCCAGAAACGGGGAGAGAUUACAAAUUGUUUGUAUUGAAGGGUUCCUCAUUGGAGACAAUAACUGGCAUCUGCUCCGAGCAGAGCGUUAUGGCCAUAAUCUGAAGAUCUCCGUAGACGAUGGUGAUGGAUUCUUACAGAAUGAGUCAUUUCCAAGCCUUGUUACCCACGUGGAUGAAGAAUGGGUCAAAGAAAUGCCCAUCCCCUUGGAAGUGAAUCGAAAUGAUGGUGUCACCAUUGGAGGUAUGCCCGAAUACACAGGUACCAAGCUUCUUGCAGUACACAACGAUCUACAAGGAGUAUGUAUCGAUGACCUUCGAAUUUCGGGUCAUCAAAUCCCGAUCCCUCCUGGAGUCAAUAACAGCAAAUGGGGUCAGGUCACAACCCAGGAGGGGCUUUUGCAAGGAUGCGUUCUCCCGGACAUUUGUCAAAAUUUCUCUUGCAAAGCUCCGCUGACUUGCAAUCCUACAUGGCCCGAACCUACAUGCAGUUGCGGCUACGGUCUCCAAUAUGUUGGUAACAGCUGCAGGGACAUUAAUGAAUGCCUCUGGAGCCCUUGCUUAAACGGAGGCUCCUGCCACAACCUACACCCGGGGGUACUUCUGUCAAUGUGACAGAUGGUUCCUGGGGGAGAAUUGCCAAUUUCGAAAAUGGGACACCAUGGGACGAACCCUCACAGCCCAGGCACUCAUCGCGACCGUCACCGUCUCUCUGCUGGUGAUCGUGUUAUUAGGUCUAAUUUUCUCGAUAAGACGCCAUUGCAUUCGGAGCCAGCGAGGUCUACAAAGUCAAGACAAAGACCAAAUGAGGAAUAACGGCGACGCUGCCACGGCCAUAAAGGUUCUCAACGGGGAAAAACCCGGACGCGGGAAAAGGCAGGACUCCGCCGCUAGCAUCAAGACUCCCGCCACAGAUGCGGCCGAAGAAGUGGAAGUUGUCAUCUUGAAAGAGAAUCCUCCGCACGAUCCCCACCUGGAGUUUAUGGAGAGACUGCGGUUGUCCCAUCAAGCGUCCUCUCUUGUGGAUAAAGAAGGGAAAGGCAGUUCAUCUUCCAUCAUAUCCCAAACAUCAGCCUCCGUAGAGAGCACUAGCAGUUGCAGUCCAAGGGACCAUAAGCAUCGGAGCCACAUAAAAAGCAGCCACAAGCUGAAAGGAGUUGAGCUCUCACUCUCAGAAGAAGUGCACAUAGCCACUCUCUCCAGUGGGAGUAACCCUGGAUGACAGUAACAGAACAAAGCUACCUGAAGUGAUUUCCAAGGAUUUCGUUGUAGGUUCCUUUUUUAUUCUCUGUAAGAAAAGACCCAAAAUUUAUGGUGUGCCAAAAGCUAUAAUAUUUGUGAAAGGAGAAUGAAUAAAUAUUUG